AUGGAAUGCUUUGCUUUGCUUGGAUCUUACAAGACCCAAACUGAAUUGUUGGGCAUAGCUGGAACUCGUUACCAAAGGAUUGUCUUUUUCGUAAACGAUUCGUCCGAGCAACAACGCUUCUUUGAAAACAAAAAGAAACGAAAAGAAACCCCAAUUGAUUGCAGCAUCUGCGAGAAAAAGGUCAUGACUUUGCCUGCCGUGUCACAACCAAAAGUCUACUUGGCAGGAGACUUGGUGUUUCGACCCGAUGCUUACGCUAUAUUUGAAGAAUUGAAAGCAAUUUGUCGUCAAGUCGGUGUUGUUGGAAUGGCACCCUUCGACGGUCAAGAAGAAGUGGAAGAUAUGGAGCCAGGGAUUGCGACGAGUCUGGCAAUUGCUACUCUGGACAGAAAUUUGAUGGACGUUUGUGAUGCUGGCAUCUUUUGCUUGGACCCUUUUCGUAGAGCUCCAGAUAUGGAUCCAGGGACCGCUGUCGAGUUGGGGUACAUGAGUGCGCAAGGAAAACCGCUUGCUGGAUUUACUGUAGACGGGCGAACGUACCCAGAUAAAGUACAGGCUUAUCGAAAAAAUGCCUGGGAUGAUGAAUUGGUCCCUCGAGCCUCCAAGGGAGGAUCUGGCUCUUUGGAAGAUGCUGAUGGACUCAUUGUGCAUUCCGAAGGCAUGGUGCAAAAUGUCAUGGUUGAGGGAUUCAUUCGAAUGUCCGGAGGUAUCGUCAGUAUUCACACUUCCAUUCAUGAGGCUUUUCGAAUCGCCAUCACUGCCUUGGUCCAAGAACUUGCCCAACGGGCCAAGCAAGCAUGA